AUGAAUUCAUUCGAAGCAUUAACUACUGCAUCACUUCUGAUUUCAACGUAUUUCUUACUAACAUGUAAAGGCUCGAUAAUUAAAGAAACAAAAUACGAGAGAAUAAUUUUUGUAAAACUUGAAUUAACAAACUCAUCUCUGCAACAACUACUGCUGAAUUCUCUCAGUCUAAAAUCUAAUAUCUUCUCAUUAGAGCAAUUGACAUUUGACAUAAAUCUAGUUUAUUUUUUAUUCAAAUACUCUGAUGAACACCUCUCUAGUGUUCUGACAAACGACAGCCAAAUAAGAACCGCAGAUAAAAACUUAAGAAGUCGUUUAAACUAUGAAUACUCUUUAAAAUGUAGUCUCAGUAAUUUCAAUUGUUGCGGGUUUGGGUACGUCGCAGUUGAGAAUGAUUCUUGUGUUUUUUUCAAAUUUGAAGAUCUAGCUAACAUCAGAAAAGUUCAUCCUGGCAUUCAUUCAAUGUUUGUGUACCUGAGAAGUACAGCCGCAACUACACCUUCACCAAAAACCACCACAAAACCACCACAAACUACACUGACCACCAACUCACCUCCAAAAUUUUACCCAAUUAACACACCUUCAACUUGGGCCACUGCCGACAGCACGUGCGCUAGCGCCCCCUACACCGGUCUGCCCGCAAUCUUUAGUCAGAACGAGAACACGAUUCUAAAAGAUUUUCUCUAUUUGAAUACAGACAACACCUCAUGCCAGAAACAAUACUGGACAUCUGGAAGAAGAGUUAGUAGCAGUGUGCAUUCAGCUUUCAAAUGGAACCAGCCGACGAGGUCCUCCAUACUUGGCUACACGAACUGGGAACCCAACAUGCCGACAAAUACGAAUUUGUGUUUGACCAUCGGUAGAGAUUACGGCUACUGGCAAGAAGAAGAUUGUAAUGCUAAUCUGUGCUACGUUUGCGCUUUGUGA